ACUUCUCGUUACAAUUUGUUGAUACUCAAUACCAUCAACCGUAACGCUGUAUCGUAUAUAGUCCACGCGGAGGCUGCGUGAAUUUUCGGGGGCGUUCGGAGAGAAGAGAAAAAAAGGAACGAUUCGCAGACGAUCGAAUUGUGUGAUACUUCGUUAUAUGCACGCGCAGAGUGCUCCGAAGCGGCUCCGCGCGACACAGCUCCUGUAUGUACACAUAAAAUACGCAAGACUCGAUUGUACCCACGGUCGUGUGUCGUCUCUUCGCGCUCCUCUCUCGGAUAUACAUAAGUGUAUGUACACUGCGGCGACUUCGUUUCUCGCGCUUAUUGUAUGUACCCAUGGUACAUACGUAUAUAUCGUACGUGUAUAUAUGUAGUGCUGUGGUAGGUAUACACAUCGGUGCGAGUGCCAGAUUAUAAAGCCCGAGCAAAAGAGUACAGUGUUUUGUUUUUUUUUUAAUUUUGGAUUAAAUCGAGGCAAAUGUCACGCGAGAAUGCGGCAGCAGCGAACGACAGAAUUGAUUCUCGCUUCUUCGACGUGCACCACGCUGCCUCUGUGAGAGCGAGCGGACGUUGUUGUUGAGUUUGAAAGAGCCCAGUUUUAGCAUAAUUAAGAUAUGGAUAUGAAUGGAAUUGGACUAGGCUUAGGAGUAGGCGUAGGUGCUCCUUCACCAUCGACCACACAAGGACCCAGCAAUCCUAAAAAGAAAAGAAGAAAUAACUCUAAUGCACAACAAGCUAAUCAAAGGCCACAAAUUCAAGAUUUCUUACCACCGCCUUUAUCUGGAUUUGGUGAUAUUGUUGUUGCUAGUAAUCCAUUUGAUGACGCACCACCACAAGGAAUGAAUCCUGCACUUCAUAACGGACCUCAACAAAUGCAUCAUCAUCCACAACAUCACAUGGGAAAUCCACAAAUAAGAGGAAUGAACCCAAUGGCUAUGUCUCACAUGGGUAACAUGAAUGCAAUAAAUAAUCCACCAAUGGGUAACCCUAUGGGUCCAAUGGGAAGUAUGCCAAAUUCAAAUCAUCCAAAUUCAAUGAAUAAUAUGAAUCAUAUGAACAGCAUGCGACCCAAUAUGCCACAAGGUAAUAUUGGACCUUCGAUGAAUGUAUCAAUUAAUAUGAAUAUGAAUCAAAUGAUAAACCCGCAAAUAAAUGGACCAGGAAUGAACAGUCCUAUUAAUGGAAUGAAUCAUAACAUAGGAAGUCCAAUGGGUGGACCUAUUGGCUCACCAAUAAAUAAUAUGAGUCCAAAUCAUAUUCCUAAUAAUCCAAUGAACGUGCCAGCAAUGAAUCAACCAAAUGUACCAAUAUCUCACAGUGCUCCGCAAUCACUUCCAAAUCACAUGAAUAAUAUUCGUCCCGGAUUGAACAGACCUCACAACAUGCCACAUGCACCGAUAAACUCUCCUGUAGCAAAUUCUAUGGUUGGUAAUAACCAAAUGGGUAACAUGAACAUGAUGAGGCCGCAAAUGAGUAAUAUGUCCAAUGUGAAUUUAAAUCCACGCAAUCAAUUAACAUCAAUGGGUAAUCCAAUGGGAAAUAUUUCCAACAACAUAGCUGUUGGGAAACCACCUAGUCAUGGAUUAAAUGUUGGCAAUACAGUAUCUCCCCAUGGCCUACCAGGACCAGGAUCGUUAGGACCUAAGCCAAUACCGGAAACAACGGGCAAAGUCUACCCACCUGAUCAACCUAUGGUUUUUAAUCAUCAAAAUCCUAAUGCACCUCCAAUAUCACCUUGUGGUGUUUGUCAUAAAGAAGUGCAUGCAAAUGAUCAAGCUAUAUUAUGUGAAUCUGGUUGCAAUUUCUGGUUUCACAGACGUUGUACAGGAUUAUCUGAGAUUGCCUAUGAUUUGUUAAUGCAUGAAGUGUGUGCAGAAUGGGCAUGUGAUAGGUGCAUGCAAUCUAAAAAUGUUACUCUGGUUAAGCUUAAACCAUAAACGCAUUAGUUUUAAGUUCAAGGCUUUUCUUGAAAAAUGAAUUGAAAAUUAUGAAUUAAUUAUGAACGAAUGAAAUUGUGAAUGAAUUAAAAAUUGUGUAUAAACUAUGGAUAGUUGAAUUUAAAAAAUUAUCCAAAAAGAACUAACAAAUUAUUAUAAGAGUUACUAUGAACUGAUCAUAAACUACUCUACCAAGUUUUAAAGAAACAUGACAUGUAAUCUUAUUUUAUUUAUAUCAUUAGUGUUUUUAUUUUAUUUUUAGAUUGUUUUGUCCUUAAAAAACAAAAUUUUCAUAAGAAUACUGUAUUUUUGCGAACAAUAAUGUACAAAAAUUAAUGUAACGAGAUCUAUUGAGCAAUAUUGAUCUUUGUUUUUUGUAAAUGUAAAAUAAAUGAAUUUGCCAUAUAAUUAUACAUUUUA